AUGCGAAAGCGGCCCAUGACUGGACCAUCGACCAUCCCGCCGCCGCCGCCGUCUCUCUCAUCACCACUCACUCACUCACUCAAAAACAGGCUGUGCCUUGGGGUCCUACAGCCCUCUCUCUCUCUCUCUCUACUGAUACUUGCUCUCACUCUCACUCUCACUCGUACGCCGUCACACAGUGCUGGCACCGUGCCACCGCGAUACCCCCUGCACCCUGCUGCCACACCCUUCUCUCCACUGGCCAUCAGCGACCUGAAGCUUGGGAUAUCCCACACCCGGGUUCGCCAUAUACAAAUGUCUACCCUGCCCCCCAGCAUGCGCAGAACACCUGCCAAUGCUCUCGUCAGUUCUGUCAAGAUGGCCUCGACCAAGACCGCAAAGUGCAAAACAGCCAUGAAGACCUCGGACACGGACGGCAUCUCCAAGACGAAAACACAGAUGCAUCGCCGCUCAAGAUCAGGAUGCUAUACUUGCCGAUUGCGACGAAAAAAGUGCGACGAGGUCACGCCCUUUUGCUCCGCCUGCCAACAUCUCGGGCUCGAGUGCGAGUACAAGCGACCAAUCUGGUGGAGCAACAACGACGCGCGCCGCCGCAACAAGGAAGACAUCAAAAUCAUCAUCAAGCGCAAGAAGCUCGCCGAGAAGUCGGCCACGCACGAUCUGCACUCGUCCGUCAGCCCGCCGCCGCCGCCGCCCAGCCUCUGCCACUCCAUGCCCACGUCCGUGUCCGGCUCCGACUUUUACGACCGCAACCGGUCUGCCUCGAUUGACUCGCGCGCGUCUGGCAGCGGCGGUGGCGGCUUCAACUUCAACAGCCCUCCCAGCGGCGCCGACUUUGUCGCCUACAACACACAGAUACACCCCGACUUCAUCUACGGCGCCGGUGCCGGCAACUACGCGCCCUACGAGGUCGACGUCAAGACGGAGCGCCAGAUGUUUGUCAAUGACGUGCCCACGAUGCGCGAGUCGCACGUCUCGACCUUUAGCACCAUGCACACGCCGCCGCCCCCCGGCACCGUGCUUCCCGCUGCUGCGUUUUCCCACGAUACCGGCGGCGGCGGCUGGACCGAGCACGUGCAUCAGGAACGCCGCGAGUCGCUGUCCGAGGAGGCGCUCAACGUCAACUUCUUUGACUUUGCGCACGGCCCGCCGCAGGAGUCGCGGCAGGUGCAGGUCGAGCUCGAGGAGAAUGACCAGCGGCUGCUGGAGCACUUUGUGCAGCACGUGCUGCCGACCAUUUUCCCCAUCCUCGAGUCCAACCAGCACGGGUCGGUCGGGUCGGACCUGAUCCUGCCAGCGCUGCAGACCAACAGCAUCUACCUGCACUGCUGCCUGAGCACGGCGGCGCAGCACAUCAAGACGCUCAACGUGGCCGCCGGCAUCACCACCACGGCGGCGCCUGGCGAAGAGGGCGAUCCCGACGCCGACAUUAUGCGCCACCGGUACGCCACCAUCUGGUCGCUCUGCGAGGCGCUCAAGCGCGACGAGAACCACCAGCAGAUCCUCGAGGCGACGCUCGGGCUCAUCUUCUUCCAGUGCGUCGUGGGGCGGCCCGACGACGGGCUGCUCGACAUUGCGUGGCACCAGCACUUCCAGGCGGCCAUUAGCCUGGUGCAGAAGCUGGACCUGCCGCGGCUCGUGUCGGACCCUACUGCUGCUGCUGUCGCGGCGGCGGGGGGAGGAGGAGGAGGAGGAGGAGGAGCAGCGCCGCCGCCGCUCGCGCAGACGCCGUUCAACAUGACGCUCACGGCGUGGAUCGACAUCCUCGGCGGCUCCAUGCUCGGCACGUCGCCGACGUUUGCGCACACGUACCGCGAGAAGCACCUGUCGGCCACGCCGCAGCUCGGGCUGCGCGAGCUCAUGGGCUGCGAGGACCGCGUCAUGUACCUCAUCUCGGAGAUUGCCUGUCUCGAGUCGCUCAAAAAGGGCGGCAUGGACGACCUGCUGCUCUGCAACCACAUCCACACGCUCGGGCAGCAAAUGUCGCUCACCGAAGCGGGUGAUAGCGACGGCGAUGCACCGCGGCUGCCAUUCACCGCCAGCGGCAGCCUCUCCCCCCGCCAGCUGUCGCGCAACAUGACGGCCGCGUUCCGCACCGCCGCCCGCAUCUACCUGUGCAGCCUCGUGCCCGGCUUCAGCCCGGCGCAGGACUCGCCGGCCGCGCUCGGCGACCGCCUCGCCGCCGUGCUGCGCUGCAUCCCCGCCGGCCCGCGCGGCUACGACCGCAGCCUCGUCUGGGUCUACCUCAUGGGCGGCUCCAUCAGCGCGCCCGGCAGCGCGUUCCGCGUCCUGUUCGAGGACCGCGUCGCCGCCCUCGGCGAGCUCGCCCGCUGCGGCUCCUUUGGCCGCAUGGUCGGCCUGCUGCGCGAGCUCUGGCGCCAAAACGACCAGCUCGCGCUGGCGAGCCCGCCCGGCGUGCCCCCGCCGUUUGUCCACUGGCGGGACGUGAUGCAGAUGAAUGGAUGGGACUACCUCCUCAUCUAA